AUGAACAAGAGCCUCUCAACCACUCUUUGCUUUGGACUUCUAACUUUGUUAUCCGUAAUGAUCUUUUUAGAAUCGGUGCAUGGACGGCCAUAUCUCAUCCAAGGAAAUGAAUUGUUUCCAGAUAAAGAAGAUACAAAACACAAGGAACUCUCUCUACUGAAUAAAAAUUUUGAUUUUCAAAGACUGUCCAAGAUUGAUAUAGAACUGGCUAAUAAAUUGGAAGAACUUAACCAGCUGGAAAAGCUAAAAGAGCAGCUCAUGGAGGCAAAGUAUGCUGAGAUGUCCUAUGCUAUAGAUGGUCUAUCCCCUUCUCAUUCUAAUAAGAGAGCUUGCUUUUGGAAGUACUGUGUCUAA